CUCUGCGACUACAGGCAACGCCGUUUUCCUACAUUAUCACCGGCUGAUCUGUUCGUAAUCUACGACGAUCCGGGGAGAUUUUUUUUCUAGGUGGUUUUUAACUUAAUACAUUACAAUUACUCGAGUUUACAUUGGUAAUCUGGAUCCACGCGUUUCAGAGAGGGAUCUUGAAGAUGAAUUUCGAAUGUUCGGUGUUCUUAGGAGUGUGUGGGUUGCUAGAAGGCCUCCAGGAUAUGCAUUUAUUGAGUUUGAUGAUCGCAGGGAUGCUCUAGAUGCAAUACAGGCAUUGGAUAGGAAAAAUGGUUGGCGUGUGGAGCUUUCUCACAACUCUAAAGGCGGUGGAGGUGGUGGUGGUGGUGAUUUGAAAUGUUAUGAAUGUGGUGAACCUGGUCAUUUUGCUCGAGAGUGUCGUUCUCGUGGGGGCUCACGAGGCAUUGGAGGUGGCUUGCGUCGUAGUCCUUCUCCUCGCGCCGCAGGAGUCCAAGUUAUGAAAGAUAUGGUCGCAGGAGUAAUAGUCCUCGUGGUAAAAGAUCUCCACGACGUCGCAGCAUUACACCUCCUAAGCGUGGUCGGAGUUACAGCAGAUCUCCUCCACUCCGUCAUGCUCGCCGUGCCUCACCUUAUGCUAACGGAGAUUGAUCCCGGAAUCGAGGCUGAUGCUGUGCUUGUAGAAAUUAGAUGAUGGUGUUUCUGCUAUACUGUAGUUCUAUUAGGAAUUGUGGAAUGAGGCGGAAUCAUGUAGUUAAGUUCGUCUUUGACAAUUGGUUCUCUUUGAAACCUGGAUUUGGAUGGGUGUCUACCAGGUGUUUUAAGCCACCAAAUGGCGUUCUGUCUGGAACCGUUUUGUGUUGGCUCUCUUCUACCUGCUGAAACUCGGAGGUCGCGUUCUUGCUUUCAAAAUGAUAUCUAUUCCCUAGAAUUUUAUACCUACCUCUCUCUAUAUGUUUAUUAGUGUUUCUUUUUCAUUGGAUGUCCCUAAAGAUUUAUCUGUUGGCUGUUUUUUUUUUUUUUUUUUUGAGGUGUGAUUUUCGGCUAUAAAUCGCAUCGCUACUCAGCUUCCUGCAUCUCUGUGCAUCACGGUUCUCAAUAUCUGCUCUGCUCCUCGAUCAUCUUCUUGUCACUGCAACUGGUUGCAUGCUGUUUGUAUUGCACUCUUACUGCAAGAUGGCUGCCUAUAUAGUUAAUCCUUUUUAGCUGGUUGAGGAAGAUGAAGCUGUUUUCUUGUGAUUUUCUGCUCACCAUCUUCUCGUCUUCUAUUGCAUGCACGUAGCUAUUGUGAGCGAUUCUACUCGUUUUAUAACGUUGGCAUCUUGUGAGCUUCAACUUGUUUCUUGCUUCCACAACUUCUGCCUUGCUCCUUCAAUUGCACUUCAUAAGUUAGAGACCAACCUCCAGUGAUUUGCUUUUAGAUGGUGAGGCAGCUAUCUUCUUGGUUCCCGGCUCUGUUGUAUGUUUAAUCCUCAUUUGUUUUUGGUUAGAAGGUCGAGGUGGGAAUUGGAAUGCUUAUUCAUAUUCUUUGACUGUCUGUUCUUUGUUCUUUGCGUAGAUAAACUUGCCAAACUGACAUAAACAAAGCAGACAUAAGAAGCAUUGUUAUUUUGGAUCA